AAUCAUUUCUAUAGCAACCAGUUGACUUUUUAAGGCGUAUAAAAAGUGCUUAUUUGUCAAAAAAUUAUUAUAUGGCACAUAUUUUUUGGACACGUAACGGAAAAUUUUUGUGACAAGUAUUUUUAUUCAAAAGAGAUAAUAAAUCAAAGUUUGCAAAGGCAAAAAGAUGAUCGACAAAAAUUCAAUAAAUUUGUUUAAAAGGAUUACCAACUUGAAACAGAGUGCUUUCUACUGUUCAUACUCGGCUAAAACAAAAGAGGUUUUUGAACGCGAGGAUAACUUUGGAGCGCACCAUUUUGCUCCACUUCCAGUGGCAUUGUGUAAAGGGAAAGGGGUGUACGUAUGGGAUGUUGAUGGGCGUCGUUAUUACGAUUUUCUCAGUGGAUUUUCUGUUUUAAACCAAGGACAUUGCCACCCUAAAAUUAUAGAUGUGCUUAAAACGCAAGCUGAAAAACUAACUUAUACAUCAAGAGCAUUUUACAGUGAAGCUCUUGGAGAGUUUCAAGUAUACGCAACUAAACUAUUUGGGUAUGAUCGUAUAUUACCAAUGAACACUGGUGUUGAAGGAGGAGAAACUGCAUGCAAACUUGCACGCAAAUGGGGCUAUAGAGUAAAAGGCAUUCCUGAAAACCAAGCAAAAAUUAUAUUUGCUGAAAAAAACUUUUGGGGAAGAACCUUAGCAGCAUGCUCAUCUUCAUCUGACUCGGAUAUUAAAAAUGACUACGGCCCAUACAUGCCAGGGUUUGAAAUGGUUCCUUAUAACAACUUAAAUGCACUUGAGGAAAAGCUUAAAGAUCAAAACACAUGUGCUUUUAUGGUUGAGCCCAUACAGGGAGAAGCAGGAGUUAUAAUUCCUGACGAUGGUUAUCUUACAAAAGUUCGCGAGUUAUGCACCAAGUAUAACGUUUUGUGGAUAGCAGACGAGGUACAAACAGGGUUAGGACGAACAGGAAAGUUGCUUUGUAUUAAUUACGAAAAUACACGCCCCGAUAUCCUCAUUUUAGGAAAAGCAUUGUCUGGAGGGAUUAUGCCAAUAUCAGCGGUAUUAGCCGAUAAUGAUAUCAUGUUAUUGUUUAGGCCUGGUCAGCAUGGGUCUACAUUUGGUGGAAGCGCUAUUGCUUCUAAAGUUGCAGUUGCAUCUCUUGAGGUUUUAAUAGAAGAAAAGCUUGCUGAAAACGCAAUGAAAAUGGGAAACAUAUUCAGAAAAGAGCUGACAGCAAAACUAAAUCCAAACAUAGCCACAGUAAUUCGUGGAAAAGGAUUGCUUAACGCUGUUGUUGUUCCUAAAACUAAAGAUUAUGAUGCCUACUCUGCAUGUCUACGUCUCCGCGAUAACGGGCUUCUUACAAAACAUACUCGAGGUGACAUUAUUCGCUUUUCGCCUCCAUUAAUCAUAAAUGAAGAGCAAAUGUAUGAAGGAAUAGAAAUUAUUUCCAAAACUAUUAACUCAUUAGUUUAAAGUUUGCGCAAGAGUUUUUAUUCACUUUAUGAAUGGUUGAUUGUAGCCAUCUAUAUUUUUUAAACAUUGGAAAUAAUACUAAAAAACUAGAAUUGAUAAAAAAUACAUCGAUUACAAAUACAUCGAUGUCUCUAACAUUGCACUUUAUAUUUAUUUAAUUGUACAUAGAAUAUAGAAAAAUAAUUCUCGUAUAAAAUAUAUGUGAAUAUAAUUUUUGUAUAUGGUUAUAUAUAUAGAUAAAUAUAUUUAUAUAUAUGCAUGUGUAUAUAAUAUGUGUAAAGAUAAAAUUGACUUCUUAAAUAAGAUUUUUAAUGUCGAGUUUAUUAAUUUUCAUUGUAAUUAACUACGAUAAAAAUAAAUAAAUUGGUCAAUCUUUUUUUAUUUGAAAAUCAAUUUUUUUUUUUUUUUUUUUUAUUAUUUUAUAUUUAUUUCAAAAGCCAUUUAAAUUUGUUCAGUGAAAAAUAAAUAGCUUAAAACA